UGAAUUGAGUUGUUUGAAAAAUAGUUUGUGAUACAGCAUGGCGAUUGUGUGUCCAAGAAUAAUACUAAUCUAGAAUAUGCCUAAAUAUAUACCUUAAAUGUCAGGUAUUACAUUAAAAAUCUUGAUAAUAAAAGCAUCCAUUGAAAAUUCUAGGUAUAUUACCGCAACUUAGAAAUCUGUUCUUGUCAUUUCUUACAGGCUCUUAAGUACACAUCAAAGAGUCACCCCAGUGGUGGUGAUCACCGGCAUGACAAGAUGCGAGACGCCACAGACCCUUCACCGCCAAAUAAAAUGUUGCGGCGAUCCGAUAGUCCUGAAAACAAAUACAGUGACAGUACUGGACACAAUAAAGCUAAAACCAUUCAUACUCACAGAGUUAGAGAAAGGGAUGGUGGGACCAGUUAUUCUCCACAAGAGAACUCUCAUAACCACAGUGCUCUUCAUAGCUCAAAUUCACAUUCUUCUAAUCCUAGCAAUAAUCCAAGCAAAACAUCUGAUGCAUCUUAUGAUUCUGCAGAUGACUGGUCUGAGCACAUUAGUUCUUCUGGCAAAAAAUAUUACUAUAACUGCCGAACAGAAGUUUCACAGUGGGAAAAACCAAAAGAAUGGCUUGAAAGGGAGCAGAGACAAAAAGAAGCAAGCAAAAUGUCUGUCAACAGUUUUCCAAAAGAUAGAGAUUACAGAAGAGAGGUGAUGCAAGCGACUGCUGCUAGUGGGUUUGCUAGUGGAAUGGAAGAGAAGCAUUCCAGUGAUGCCGCUAAUAUGCUCCCACAGAAUAUUUUGUCUCAGACAAGCAGACAUAAUGACAGAGACUACAGACUGCCAAGAACAGAGACUCACAGUAGCUCUACCCCAGUACAACAUCCCAUCAAAACAGUGGUUCACCCUUCUACUACUCCAAGUUCUGUUCCUCCUAGUCCAUUUUCUCUACAGUCAGAUCAUCAGCCAAAGAAAUCAUUUGAUGCAAAUGGGGCAUCUUCCUUAUCAAAAUUGCCCACGCCCACUGCUUCCAUCCCUUCACAAAAAACAGAGAGAAAAAGUUUAUCAGAAUCUUUGUCUAUGGACAAGUCUCUAUCCCACUCAUGUACAACUCCUUCUACAUCAUCUGCUUCUGGAUUAAAUCUACCUUCUGCACCAGCUUCAUCUGCUUCUACUGUCCCUGUUUCACCUGUUUCACAAUCACCAAUUCCUCCAUUACUUCAGGACCCUAAUCUCCUUCGACACUUACUACCUGCUCUUCAGUCCACCUUGCAGCUUAAUAAUUCUAGCGUAGAUAUAUCCAAAAUAAAUGAAGUUCUUACAGCUGCUGUGACACAAGCUUCUUUGCAGUCUAUCCUUCAUAAAAUUCUCACUGCCGGACCAUCUUUUAAUAUAAGUUCCCUGAUUACUCAAGCAACACAGCUUUCCACACAAGCUCAACCAUCUAAUCAGUCCCCAAUGUCUUUAACAUCGGAUGCUUCAUCACCAAGAUCAUAUGUAUCUCCAAGAAUAAGCACGCCUCAGACUAACACAGUUCCUUUGAAACCUUUGAUUAGUACACCUCCUGUAUCAUCACAGCCAAAGGUUACUACUUCAGGUAUUAAGCAAGGACCAGUUUUACAGUCAGCAUCUCAGCAGCCUGUGAUUGCUGACAAACCACAAGGUCAUGAACCUGCUUCUCCUCGAAGUCUUCAGCGUUCAAGUAGUCCAUCUCCUGGUCCAAAUCAUACCUCUAAUACAAGUGCUUCAAAUACAACAGCACCACAGAAUGCAUCUGGACGGCCUACAUGUUCAUUAACUCCUACACUAGCAGGCCAUUUCAAUGAGAAUCUUAUAAAACAUGUCCAAGGAUGGCCUGCAGAUCAUGCAGAAAAGCAGGCAUCAAGAUUGCGUGAAGAAGCUCAUAAUACAGGAAGUGUCCAUAUGUCUGAAAUUUGUACUGAAUUAAAAAACUUAAGAUCUUUAGUUCGAGUAUGUGAAAUUCAAGCAACUUUGCGUGAGCAAAGGAUACUCUUUUUGAGACAACAAAUUAAAGAACUUGAAAAACUAAAGAAUCAGAAUUCCUUCAUGGUGUGAAACAUUGUGAAUAAUUGCACAUGGGUUUUGAGUACAAGACUGUAAAACUGGUUGCCCAGUCUUAACUUUUUUGAGCUGCAUUUGAGUAGACUUUGGACCGUUGAGUUGGGCAAUACAAAAUAACAUGGGAAAGGGGAAAGGAGGGAAGUCAUUCAGGGGGAAAGAUACAAGGAUGAUUUGUAAAACCCUUGAAAUGUAGAUUUCUUGUAGAUGUAUUCUUCACGUUGUAAAUAUGUUUUGUAGAGUGAAGCCAUGGGAAGCCAUGUGUAUCAGAGCUUAGACAUCCAAAACUAAUCAAUGCUGAGAUGGCUAAAUACCUAGCCUUUUACAUGUAAACCUGUCUGCAAAAUUAGCUCUCUUUUUUAGUUAAUUUAUCGUUCAGAAAUCUUGCAUUUCCUGAAAUUCAAUGCAAGCGCCAGGUGAACUGUGUCUCAAAGCUGCAACAGUUUGAAACAGUUAGGGUAAUGUACAAAAUAUCAUGAAACAACUGUUUCCACACUUGCACCUAAUCAAGAGCAGUGCUUUUCCAUUUCUGUUUUACAGAGCAGUGUUUUUCAUUUUCUGUGUUCAUUUUCCUUUUGAAUUCCUAGAUCUGAUUUUAUCAGUUUUUUAAUUCUUCUAAUUUCUUCCUUUCAUAAGGCACUGUUGCUAUGGCACUUUUCUAUAAUCUUUUCAUUCCUGUGUACAGUAGCUUAAAAUUGCAGUGAUUGAGCAUAACCCACUUGUUUGUAUAAAUUAUUGAAAUGUAUUUCCAUUUGCACCCUGAAAGAAUGGACUGAAAGUACUGCUGGGCACAUGUGUUUGAAAGUACAUCCCUUUCUCAGACUCUAAGGAAAUAGCCCAAUGAACAUGUCAACAUGGUUGUGGGAGGGAAAGAAGGAAAAAGCUAGUCAGAUGUGAAUUGUAUCUGUUGUAAUAAACAUGUUUAAAACAAACAAACAAACAAAAACCACUGGUUUUCUUUUCCUUUGGUCGAUAACAUAUUACAGUUUGGACUGUUUGGGGAUUCUUCAUCAAAGCUAUUCUUGUUGAAUACUUUUGUACUUAAUUAAAGAUAAGUCCUCAAGGGAGGUUUUGUUUAAAAAAAUUGUAAUUGUGUA